AUGUUUUCAGGCCCAUUCCAAAGUCUUUCUCUUUCGCUAAAAGCUGAUGCCACAACCCUGGUGGAGAAACAGCCUAUAAGUCACAGAGAAAGGGAAGAUAACCCAAUAAAGGCCCAAAGGUUAUUGAGAAAAGUGUCAAUGUGUACAAUGAAAAAAGGGAAACGUGAAACUAAUACUGAUUUUGCAUUUCAAAGAAGCAAAAGUAAUGUGAAUGGUGCCUAUGAACCUGAUAAUAGUGAUGUCGAUCUUGUUUCUAGCAAUCUAAAUGGGAUGAUCAGAGAUUUCAAUAUGAGUACUCCGCUGUUUUCUAGCAGUGAUUGCCCAAUGAUAAUUGCGUCCUCCCCCAGAAAGUCUUUCAGAUUACCUACUAAGGAACAUCCUCUUUAUAACUUUUCAGAGCCCCUAAAAGAUGAAAAGAUGCGAAGGUAUAGCAACAAUAAUAUCACGGAGAAUCAAUGCGAGUUUCAUCAUCCACAUCGAGUACGAACGUAUUCAACUCCAGCAACACAACAACAGCAGUCCAUAAAACUACAGAUUAAAGCAAAAAUAACAGGCUCAAGAUCUAGCUCUUUUAAAUAUGACACAAAGCAACAACUCAUUGAUAAAUUACCUAUGGAGAUGAGCCAGCUUUCCAACACAUUUGAAAAACCCCCAACAUUACUCAGCAAAAGAGAAUUAAAGUCAUAUUCUCAUUAUAUUUUGAAAGAUAAUUGUAAAAAUAGUAUGCCAAAGUUUGAUAACUUUGGUGAUACCAUUGACGAUUAUAAUUUGUCAGCUCAUGAGGAUGAAAAUCCCAAAACAUUGCAUCAAUGGAACCAGUUUCUAGUGGAUAUUGAUCUCUUGAAACAUUCUGACGCUCAGUAUUCAACCACUGGAAGUGGUGAUUUCGGAGCUGAUGUUGUUGGUAAGUCGGGUGAAAUAUUACAAAGACUAGAUUCUGGACUUUUCAAAACUUUUAAAAGUUUACUUUUCUUGGGGAUACCCAUGCAACUACGAGCGAAAAUAUGGAUGGUCACUUCUGGGUCUUCCAGGUUUUAUAACCCUGGGGAAUUUGAAAUAUUGAUAAAUGAUGAAUACUGGGAUCGAGUAAAUAUUGAAGAACAUGAACAAUCGCUAUUGAAAUCAGAGAAGCAGAUCAGAUUAGAUUGUGCUCGGACAAUGAGAAAUAAUAUUUUUUUCAAAGACCCAGAUGGUCCGGGGAUAAAGAAGUUAAAGAAUGUCUUAAUUGGUUUCAUUAGAAAAUAUCCAAACGUUGGUUAUUGUCAAGGAAUGAACUUGAUUGUCGCGCAUUUGCUAUUCAUAUUUAUAUCCGCGCAGGAGACAUUCAAUUUUUUUGAAAACUUGGUGGUUCGUAUUCUAUGUGGUCUUAAAUAUUUCCUGUCUCCUUUUAAAGAAAUCGAAUCUAAUAUUAAAAUCGUAAUUGGUGUUGUUCAUCUUAGAAUGCCCCAGUUACACGACUUCUUAGUGGUCAAGCAUGAAGUGAAUUGUGGAAUCUUUCUAUUCAAUUGGUUCCUAACAAUAUUGAUAAAUGUUCUUCCCACAGAGAUUUUGUUCAGGGUAUGGGAUUUAAUUGUUUGUUUGGAUGGUGAAGUAGGACUAAUGAAGAUCAUGCUUGGAAUUUUCAAAUUCUUGGAAAGAUUCCUAAUAACCAAUGGCAAUCUCGGUGAGAGAAAGGAUGAUAAUAUAUAUGAUGUGUUAAUAAACUUGAAGUCGAUAAUUGUUAAGGAAGGUCUAACUGCAAAUGAAUUGAUAGGGUUGCUGGAUACUUUCAGCGAUCUGAUUACUCAAGAGAAAUUGGAGAAAUAUCGGGCGCCCUGA